GAGGACAAAAGGGAAAAGAAAGAAAAAGAGAGAGAUGGAUCUUGAUUGGGCAGCCUUUUUCAAGGAUUACGAAUGGCUCAUCGAGUAUCUCAAAGGCAUGGUGAAGCCUUUUGCGGCGCUCGCGGUGGUGCUUUUGGCGGUGGCUCUUUCCUACUCUCAGAAGCUUUCUUUGGAAGGAGAAAUGAUCUACUCUGUUUUCCGAUCGUUUCUUCAGCUCUCCGUUAUCGGAUUUGUUCUUCAGUUCAUCUUCAAUCAGGAAAACGCCGGCUGGAUCAUUCUCGCUUAUCUCUUCAUGGUCUCUGUCGCCGGAUACACCGCCGGACAACGUGCAAAGCACGUGCCACGUGGAAAGUACGUGGCCGGAGUAUCUAUCCUCGCCGGAACUGCAAUCACAAUGUUCCUUCUCGUCGUCCUCAACGUCUUUCCUUUCACUCCGAGGUAUAUCAUCCCAGUUGCCGGGAUGAUGGUCGGAAACGCCAUGACGGUCACCGGAGUCACCAUGAAACAGCUACGAGACGACAUCAAAAUGCAACUAAACCUGGUGGAGACAGCAUUGGCACUAGGAGCAACGCCAAGACAAGCGACGCUACAACAGGUGAAGAGGGCUUUGGUAAUAUCUCUAUCUCCGGUUUUGGAUAGCUGCAAAACCGUUGGACUGAUCUCGCUACCGGGGGCCAUGACCGGUAUGAUAAUGGGAGGUGCAUCGCCUCUUGAAGCAAUCCAGCUUCAGAUCGUAGUCAUGAACAUGAUGGUUGGAGCAGCCACGGUUAGUAGCAUCAUGUGUACGUAUCUCUGUUGGCCAUCUUUCUUCACUAAAGCUUACCAGUUACAAACUCAUGUCUUCUCAACUUGAAGUUUCACUUAUCCAUACUUCCAACAACCUUUGAAGAAAAUUGUCUAAAUUUUUUUAAAAGUGUCUGAAAUUGAAAAGCCAAUCAUUGUUUAGAUAAUAAAAGAUAGUAGAUCAAAGGUUUGCUGUGUUUUUUUAAAAAAGGGUAAUAGAUCCAUGCGUCUCUAGAUCCAUGCGUCUCUUAUAUCAAAUUUUGAAACAUUAAAAAAAAAAAAAAAAAAAAAGACUGGUCGCCACACUGGCCAUGGGUUUAGA